AACGUGUGUAAAAUGAUGUUCCAUUCGUGCCCUUCGACCCGACGUCCACUGCGGCAGCACGUUCGCACGCUGAGAAGGCGGAGCCAUCGAGUGGCUUUAUAUAGCCUGCACCAGCGCCUGCUCGAUCUCUAUCGGCGGCGUGUGGCGGCGAGAUGUCUCACAGGAAAUUCUCAGCUCCUAGGCAUGGGUCCUUGGGCUUCUUGCCUCGGAAGCGCAGCAGCCGGCAUCGUGGAAAAGUGAAGAGCUUCCCUAAGGAUGACCCUUCCAAGCCUGUUCACCUCACAGCCUUCCUAGGGUACAAGGCUGGCAUGACCCACAUUGUCCGGGAAGUUGACCGGCCAGGAUCUAAGGUGAAUAAGAAAGAAGUUGUGGAGGCUGUGACCAUUGUGGAAACCCCACCCAUGGUGGUUGUGGGUAUUGUGGGAUAUGUAGAAACCCCACGAGGCCUCCGGACCUUCAAGACUGUAUUUGCUGAGCACAUCAGCGAUGAGUGUAAAAGGCGUUUCUAUAAGAAUUGGCACAAAUCUAAGAAGAAGGCUUUUACCAAGUACUGUAAGAAAUGGCAAGAUGACACAGGCAAGAAGCAGCUGGAGAAGGACUUCAACAGCAUGAAGAAGUACUGCCAGGUCAUCCGCAUAAUUGCUCACACUCAGAUGCGCCUGCUUCCUCUGCGCCAGAAGAAGGCACACUUGAUGGAGAUCCAGGUGAAUGGGGGCACUGUAGCUGAGAAGCUAGACUGGGCCCGAGAGAGGCUGGAGCAGCAGGUCCCUGUGAACCAGGUGUUUGGGCAAGAUGAGAUGAUUGACGUCAUUGGCGUGACAAAGGGCAAAGGCUACAAAGGGGUGACCAGUCGUUGGCAUACAAAGAAGCUGCCCCGAAAGACCCACAGAGGUCUGCGCAAAGUUGCUUGUAUUGGAGCUUGGCAUCCUGCCCGUGUAGCCUUCUCUGUGGCUCGAGCUGGGCAGAAAGGCUACCAUCACCGAACAGAGAUCAACAAGAAGAUUUACAAGAUUGGUCAAGGCUACCUCAUCAAGGAUGGUAAGCUGAUCAAGAACAAUGCAUCUACUGACUACGACCUGUCUGACAAGAGCAUCAACCCACUGGGUGGCUUUGUCCAUUAUGGUGAGGUGACCAAUGACUUCAUCAUGCUCAAAGGCUGUGUGGUGGGAACCAAGAAGCGAGUGCUUACUCUCCGGAAGUCCUUGCUGGUCCAGACCAAGCGUCGGGCUCUUGAGAAGAUUGACCUGAAGUUCAUUGACACCACCUCCAAAUUCGGACAUGGUCGCUUCCAGACCAUGGAGGAAAAGAAAGCAUUCAUGGUAAGGACCUCCCCAGGCCCUGGGGCACGGGGCACCUGGCACCUAGCUGCCUGGUGUUGUCUGGGCUGCUGGCCUCCUUUGCUGUGUGCAGGAAUAAUGAAGCUUUGCUAUUUCUCCUCCACAGGGACCGCUCAAGAAAGAUCGCAUUGCCAAGGAGGAAGGUGCCUGAUGCCAGGAGUACUUUGUGCAGCUGGUGGGGUCUCAUCAAUAAAAUAUUUUCAAUUAACAUUGGUUUCUCUCUUCCUUGAGCAAUGGCCAGCAUGGCCUAGUUUCUUGUUCUUGGUUUGAAACAGUUUUUUAAUGCAAACUUACCUGUAUCACGUCUUCUGUAUCCAGCACUGUACAGAACUUGGCUAACACUAACUAGCCAAACUCUACUGUUCCUUAGGUGGUAUUGGUAAGGCCCUAGGCCUGAUAAAAAAUUAGUAUACAAAGGGUUUGAUAUAUAUACACACACAUAUACAUACAUAUAUAUACAUAUAUAUAUUUCAAAGAUGUUUAGGUUGCUAUGGACUACCACAUUAUGAUGCAGCAUUGUCUUCAUUGUUCUGAAGCUGCCCCUUAGCUUCCGGACUCCAUAGUGCAGCCUUACAUGGGAAGAGGCUUCUUGGGUCCAUGCCGAAGUAGUGAUUUAGACGGCUUUACACCUGGGGUGGGUGUGGAACAUGAUUAAAACCCAGCUCAGCUGUGAGGCCAGCUUCCUGGGAUCUCAAGCAAGCUCUCCCCUUGUUUGGGUUCUUAGGAACCUACUAGGCCUGAAGGAGGCGCCCUUUUGUCCGCUAAUCCCAGUAGUAUGGCUCUCAAUGGCCUCAUCUCUACGUAUGUGGCCAGUAUGAUCAGGACAGACCUCCAGAUUUAGGGGCACAAGUAUAGAAAAGGUAACGUGUACUUAGAAAGUCCUUUGGAGGGGGUUGGGGAUUUGGCUCAGUGGUAGAGCACUUGCCUAGCAAGCGCAAGGGCUGGGUUCGGUCCCCAGCUCCGGAAAAAAGUCCUUUGGAGGAGACUGGGGAGAUGGCUAAAAGGUUAAGAGCACUGACUGCUCUUCCAGAGGUCCUGAGUGUAAUUCCCAGCAACCACAUGGUAGCUCACAACCAUCUAUGAUGAGAUCUGAUGUCCUCUUGUGUGUCUGAGGAUAGCUACAGUGUACUUAUAUAAUAAGUCUAAAAAAAAAAAAGUCCUUUGGAGAGCGUGAUCUUUUUCCGCAAGCUGACUACCCUAUCAGUGGACUUGUUUCUGCUCUGCUACAGGUAAGGUUACCUUUUGAGACUGCAGCGUCUUCAAGUGCUAGAAUUAAAAUUUGUAUAUCCUGCAUCUCAGGAUGUGGGUAUAUAUUUAGUAAAAGCACCAUGUGCAUGGCUGCAGAGACAAAGAAUAGGUGAUAACCUGGGGUUGUGAGCCACCAUGUGGACAUUAGGAACUAAACCAUUACCCUCAUUUUCAGUGUCAGAAGGCUGGCCCUAACCCAAGAUUGCAGCCCCAAGAUAAUACCAGGCAAGGCCAGGUUAGUCUUUGGAAGGUGAUGUUUGCUGUACACCAACACUGUGGCUGAAGUACUGGAGAAACAGACUUGAGGCAGUUUCUCCCUUUCUGUGGGGAAGCAGAUUAUAAAUGCGGAAAAGACCAAAUAACAGGUCCCUGGCUGACCAGUGAUGGGGCCUGAGUAGAAGACAUCAGGUGAAGCUCUGGUAUUUCCUCAAGGAAAUAGCAAGUGCAGAAGCUCUGUGGAUUGAGCUCUUGGGACUGAGGGAGGAGAGCUGAAAAAGUCUGUCCUUCAAGUUACCUGCAGGUUCCCUUGGACAGAGCUUGGUGCACAGUUGGUGCUCAAAUUUGUGAAGUACAACAUCAGUACCGGGGUGGGAAACUCCAGCAUUUCUUCAGGUCACUGGACUAGAGUGACUGGAUCAUGGCCUCUCCCCACCCUUCCCGGGGUAGGUCCUGGAGGGUGUGUCUCCCGUGCCUGUGGCUGGCUUGUUCCUUUCAGGCUUUCCUCUCACCAGAACCCGCAGACAGGCCUCUCACUGGAAUCCUGUGCUGACAAAAGGAGUUUCAUUCCAAUCUUGAAAAACAAAAAUACCUGCUGAGAAUCUGCCACGAGUGUGAACAGGGGAGUGGCGGCGGAGUCGUCAUUGCCUUAAAAGGCACAACAACCCGUGUCUUCAACCAGAUCCUAGGACUGCCCAAGGAGGCAGCCUUGGCCAGCUAGCUGCCGCCUGGGCUCACCACAAAGUGCUAUGACCUGGAUCCUGGUGACAGUCUUAGGGCGGUGGAUGGCUCCAGGCUGCCUCCUUCCCUAGUACUACAGAAAGUCAUUCUGCCAGCUCUCAGCAAGCAAUUACUUGUCUGAGGCUUUGUGGUUCCUCUACCCAACCUUACUUCUACUGAAGGCCUGCUUGCCUCUCUAACAAGGGCCCGGUCCUUGGUCCAGCUGCUGGCCAACUCCUAAGAGCUUCAUAAUUCCUUCUCCCUGUCUGGCUUGAGAUUCACACCCUCAGAAUCCUUACGGCCACUCCUUGAAAUGGGUUCAUUCCUACCCCACAGUGAUAACACAUGCAAAUCUGGAAGAGGAGAAACAGUGUGCUUAAGGGUACACAGUGAUCAGCUGUGGGGUGGGCACUGCUGUGACUGAGCCCAGGCACCAUGAAGACCACUCUGCUAGGAGCAGCCAGCUGUAAAGCCUACCCGCUGGGGGAUGGGGGAGACAGUUCGCCUGGUGAGCUGUGUAUGACCCCUCUGGCCAGGCUUCUUCAGUCUCUACAGCUGUUGUUUCCAACUCAUACACAGGCCUGCUUCAGUGCACAUAUGAUCCUGACAGCCCAUAGAAGGAAUCUGAGGCAGAGAGAGGCUAACUGUUCCUUGGUGUAGGGAAGCUGGAGGCAGAUGCUGCCCCAGGAAAGCACCUGAUUACUGUGUCCACCGCCCACAACAAACAGAGCCACUAAGGCUCCAUGAGGGAGAGAGGGGUGUGGUUCCCAGUAGCCGCUUGAAUCUCUCUACCUUUCACCCUCCCUAAGAUCAUCCGUGGGCUACGUAUGCUUCCUUCACAAAUGGGGGUGAUGGGGUACUCACCCCUGACAAUAGGCAUAGAGGAGUCAGAUAUGACAGUGGGUCCCUGAGUGGCUCCGGGUCACUGGCCUUCGUGUGAUUAUGGAGAAGAGGGGAGACUCCCUCUCCCCUCGUGAGUUCUGCUCAGCCCGGCAGAGUCAAAGGCUGAGGGAAGGGACUAAAGAGAGCUGAAGCAGUCACUUCCCCAUCCCUGCAGCCACCACCCACUGGCCAGUUGGCUCCUCAAGCAGGCUGCCGGUCCAGCAGCACCCAGCCUGGGACAUGACACAGGAUACUAGGUGACAGUGGCUGACCUGUGCUUCUGCAGGUUUAUCCUGUCAUUCCACAGAUGACAAUCUAAGCAAAGGGGCCACAGUCCCCGCGUACACACCAUAUGCACCUUGACACCGUCACCACCCUCCUUUCUUCACACCAGACCUCACCAUUAAGGCAUGUUAAACAACCAAGUCAGUCAUCCCUGGUAGACCUGGCCCUUCUGCUGGAGAGCUGCGGGUUCCCAGCUCACCUCUGACCUCAGUUUUGGGUCUUGCACUGGGGAAUCCCAGCAGCCCAAGCCAAUUGAAAAUGGCAGAGUAGUUAGGUAGGUGGUGUUCAUUUUGUUUGUCUGGUCUUUUUGUUUUGUUUUUUGUUUGUUUGUUUUGUUUUGUUUUGUCUUAUUCUGAGACAGUGUUUCUCUGUCCUGGAACUCCUUCUGUAGACCAGACUGGUGUCUGCCUACUGAGUGCUGGGGUAGUAAGUGUUGUUUCUAGAAGUCAAGGUUCAAGACAUAGAGCAGGAAUUGGGAGGGAGUCAGACCCAGGCUUGGGAGAAUCUCUUUCCUGUAAACAUUUUGGUACUGUUUUCCUCUAAGGCAAGGCCCUCCUGGUUGAAAGGCCUUCCCUGGUUUACAUUUUUCAUGUCAACAUUUACGAAGCACCUACUAUGUGUUGGUUCAUGGCAUGCCCUUUAGCCCCAUUCCAGCUCUCUAAAUAUUUGCUGGAUGUCUGAACAGUCUUGUAAGCAGGUGACUUGGUUCUUCUGGUCUGUAGAAGCAAAGCAGUGAGAAGAACCAAGCUAAUGCGCCUGGGGAUAACGAACAGCUCUGCUCAGCCUUGCACCCCAAAGAUCUUUAUUUUCAGAUGGGGUUACCCAGGCUGGCCUGGAUCUCACAAUGUAGACUAACCUUGAAUCCUGGUCUUUCUAAGUCAGCUUCCCAAGUGCUAGGGAAUCCCAGGCGCAUAGUACUGUGCCCAGCUACAACCCAGACCUUUUGAUUUGAUUCAUAAAACAAGAGGCAGGGGGUUGGGGAUUUAGCUCAGUGGUAGAGCGCUUGCCUAGAAAGCACAAGGCCCUGGGUUCGGUCCCCAGCUCCGAAAAAAAGAAAAAAAAAAACAAAAAAAAAACAAAAAACAAGAGGCAGUCUUAGGGGCUGGAGAGAUGGCUCAGUGGUUAAGAGCACUGACUGCUCUUCCAGAGGUCCUGAGUUCAAUUCCCAGCAACCACAUGGUGGCUCACAACCAUCCGUAAUGGGAUCUGAUGCCCUCUUCUGGUGUGUCUGAAGACAGCUACAGUGUACUCAUAUACAUAAAAUAAAUAAUUAUUAAAAAAAAAAAAGAGUCAGUCAUAGGCAGGGCCCAGGCACUCCACUUGGCAAACUAAUUCGAUGGAAUGAGUACUGUGCAGUCAGGAAGCUCUGACACAGAAUGGCCUUUCCGUCUUCAAUGGACACUGUACACUGGUCACAGCAGCCUGAAGCUACAUUAGUGACUUCUACAGCUUAUACCUGCUGCUUGUCCUGUUCCAUGGCCUGUUCACCAGUAGAAUGGACUGUGUUAGAGCAGUUUAUGCAGGCACAUAAUAGGUAUGGUCAAAUAAUGUGCCUACUGUGUGUUUAAGUUCAUCAGCUUGGAUAAGCUAGGGUUUUGUCGUUGUUAUUGUGUUGUUGCUGGGUUUUGUUUGCUUGAGAUAGUCAUAUAGUCCAAGCUAGCCUUGAACCCCUUAUGUAGUUAAGGAAGACCUAUAACUUUUUUUUAAGGAUUUAUUAUUUAUUUAUUUAUUUAUUUUUUUUUUUUUGGUUCUUUUUUUCGGAGCUGGGGACCGAACCCAGGGCCUUGCGCUUCCUAGGCAAGCGCUCUACCACUGAGCUAAAUCCCCAACCCUUAUUUAUUUAUCAUAUAUAAGUACACUGUCGCUGUCUUCAGACACACCAGAAGAGGGCACUGGAUCCCAUUACAGGUGGCUGUGACUCACCAUGUGGAUGCUGGGAAUUGAACUCUGGACCUCUGGAAGAGCAGUCAGUGCUCUUCACCACUAGAGCUUCUGAUCCUCUUCCACAAGCAGAGAACCAAGUACUGCGAGUUGUUCUCUGAUCUCCAUCUGUGCAUUGUGGCAUACCUCAAACAUGCACGCGCGCGCAUGUGCACACACACACACACACUUAAUAAUAAUAGUAAUAAUAAGCAGAAAGCCAGGUGUGGGAACCAGUCACCUCCUCCCCGCCCAGAUCCAGACUCUACAUCUCAGUCUACACAGAGCCUUCUUCCCAAACCAGGAUGAGCUGGGUGAUGAGAAAACCCCGGCCUGGUAGGCCACACUUGGCUCAUGUCUCACGCUGUCCCAUUUACUUUUCAUUUCUGGGGAGGCAGAUGCUAAGGGAACCCCGAUCCCAGAGCAGAGACCUAGGCCCGAGUGAGGGCAGUUUUUCCUAGGCUCAUGCACUAGGGGAGGGAAGCAAGUAACCCACACCCUACAGUUUGGCACAGGCUGUUCCCUUGCAUGCAUGUUCACCCUCUUCCACACUGGCAAAGGGGCUCACUCUGAUGACCCCUUGGUGGCCCUUCCUCCUGAAGCCUGCUUGAAUGCUCACUGCUCCAGGGUCACCAGUGGGCUUUUGUUCUCUGGGUCCCUUCACCUUGUGUGAUGUCUGUCUUUGUGCCACCACACUUGCUGCUGUUGGCUCUGGGUCCCAGCCACAUGCCACCUCCUGGAGUUAGGGCCUAUUGUUCUUGUACCCCCACCCAAAAAAAAAAUCCUCUGAGGGGCUGGGGAUUUAGCUCAGCGGUAGAGCGCUUGCCUAGCGAGCACAAGGCCCUGGGUUCGGUCCCCAGCUCUGAAAAAAGGAAAAAAGAAAAAAAAAAUCCUCUGAAAGAUCUGUGGACUGAGGCAUGUAUAAGGUAGCUGAGGUGAUGUUGUCCCCGCCCUAAGCUAUGGCAAGCUGACUGCGCCUCAGGGCCUUUGUGCAAAGAAGAGGCACUCUAGGCUGCUCCCUGCUACCCCUUCUCUCCCACUGCUAGCGCCUGCUUCUUUCUUCUCAUUGCUCUCCUAUGAGGCAGGGCCCUCUGUUUUGGUCACCAUCCUCCAAGCUUCGAAGAGACAGACUUGGGAGUGGAAAAAGAAGCUGUUGGGAGUGCGUGAGAGAAGGGGAAAGCGCCCAGCCACAGUGACUUCCUCAAAGCAAAAUUAGGAAAAGAUGAACUGAAAAUGGCUUGGGCUGCAGAGUGUUCUCCAAAGCCAUCCUGCGGUGAGGGGUUGGGGGUUGGGGACGAUGGUUGUGUCUCAGGAAGACAGGCCCAUCCUGUCUCAGUGUGUCUGUGUGACUGGGGUCAGUGGGGGCGUUGCCUCCGAGAUAAUGGGCUUCUGGACCUCGGAGGAGAGGGUUAGGUUGUCAUCUCUAGCUUAGAUGCCCUGUGACUCCCAGGGCUGUGGGGUUUGUUUCCUCUGUCCUCCCUUCCCCUAAAAGGCCCCAUUCCCACCUCAGGUACCUACUGUGUGAUCUUGAGCAAGUGACUGAACCCCUGGAACUGGGUCUCAGGCCCAAUCUAAGACCUGUCAGGCGGAGUUCCAGAUGGCUCCGGGCACACAACCCUGCCCCCAGGGAAAGCAGAAGUGUGCUGUAUACUGAGCCAAGGGCUUGAGAGAGACACCAGGUAAGACUCCAGAAGGGAGUUCCACAGGGAGAACUCCAACUGGUCAGUGGAAGAGGAGAGAGGGAACUAGGGAGAGACAGCAAGCCUCCAGGCUCAUGGGACUUAGGCAUGAGCAGCCACAGGAGGGAGCUUAGACCUCAUCCUGUGGUAGCAGGGAGUCAUGGGAGGAGUGUCAAAGGUGUAAGGUGCAAAGGGACCCGACCCAGGGGAGGAUGAGGCAUGAGGGCUUCCUAGAGGAGAGGAUCUGAAAGUGAGCCUUCAAAGGAACAAUAUGAGAAUGGUGGGUUGGGUAUUGUGGCACACUUCCGUUGCCAUACUUGGAAAGUGGUAGCAAGAGAUCACAUCAACAUCAUAAGGAGUUCAAGUCCAGCCUGGGCUACAUGAGAUCCUGCCUCAAAAUAAAGAGAGACGACAUAUAAUUAACCAAACAAAGGAAAAACAACCUCUAAGCAAAGACAAAUCGUGAAGAGCAGAAGCACGCUGGCACACUUUGGGCAAACUGCUGCCCCCUCUGGUUUUAAUUCCCACCUGCCUUGCCAGGGGCUCUCCUGACCUGUUUCUGGUUUUGUUUUGUUUUUUUGUUUUUUUUUUUUGUUUGUUUGGUUUUUUUUUUUUUUCUUUUCUUUUUUUCGGAGCUGGGGACCGAACCCAGGGCCUUGUGCUUGCUAGGCAAGCACUCUACCACUGAGCCAAAUCCCCAACCCCUGUUUGUUUGUUUUUUAAUAAGUUCUUUUCUAUCAGAAAAAGAUUUAUUGUCCUUUUAUGGGGGGGUGCUUUGUUUCUUUCUUUCUUUUUUUUUUUUUAAGAUUUAUUUAAUUUAUUUAUAUGAGUACAUUGUAGCUGUUUUUAGACGCACCAGAAGAGGGCAUCAGAUCCCAUUACAGAUGGUUGUGAGCCACCAUGUGGUUGCUGGGAAUUGAACUCAGGACCUCUGGAAGAGUAGUCGGGUGCUCUUAACCACUGAGCCAUCUCUCCAGCCCUUCUUUCUUUCUUUCUUUCUUUUUUUUGUUUCUUUUCUUUUCUUUUUCUUUCCUUUCCACUCUGGCUGUACUAGAAUUUGUUCUGUAGACCAGGCUGGCCUUGAACCAGAGAUUUACCUGCCUCUACCUCCCAAGGUCUGGGAUUAAAGGCUGCACUACCAUUGCUCAGCAAUUUUUCUCUUUCUUAUUUCUAUGGAUGUGGGUGUUUUGACUUUAUGUAUGUCUGUUACCACAGACAGGCCUGGUUUCUGAAGAAACCAGAAGAAGAAAUUGGGUCCCCUUGAACCAGGGUUACAGAUGAUUACAAGCCUUCGUGCGGGUGCUGGGAAUUAACCCCAUGCCCUAUCUGCCCUAUGGAAGAGCAGCCAGUGCUCAUAGCCAUUGAGCCAUCUCUCCAGCCCUUCUCACAGUUUGAAUGCUGGGUACUCAGGGAUAGAGAUAACUGGAGUCUUCCAGAGGGUGAGUCAGAUUCUGAAUUUAGCCAGAGACCCUGCCUUCCUGCCUGUCUCAGUUUUCCCUCUGCAUCAGCCUAGGGUGAGGCGGGGAGGAUAAUAAUGGUGGAUUGUCAGAAACCAUCUAGCCUCGGGGGCCAGAUGCCAGGGACUCUUAUCCAUUCCUAGGAGGGUGGGCCUUUCCUGCCAGGGGAAAAUUCCAGGGGAAAGAUCCCGCCACCCCCAGUGACCACACACCCUCCGCCAACACUUUGGCAUCUGCUCCAUCUGCUCUUUCCUUCUCUCCUGGCCUCUCAGGUAAGGAGAGGCCUCCAGCAGCCUGGAUUUGCUCACGAAUGCCCUGUCUCUUUCCUGUCCUGUCCUGUUUGCAGCCCGGGCUCAAGGUACUAGCCUGAUGUUCCCAACCAGCACAUGUCCUGUCUUGCUGCAGCACACCAGUCUGCAUGGCUGGAAGGGUCAGGGGGCUCCUGUCUGGAGCACAGGAGAUUACGAUUGGGGGUGGAGGGGUUCAGCUUCUAAGGGCCUUGCAUUCCAAAUCCCAGCCCCCAGAUUUCUGUUACUCUAAUCCUUGUCUGGGUUUUAGACUUGACCUUAGCUGGAAGGUCAGGAAAGGAGCAAACCAAGCUUCAGAGAAUAUCUGAAUCUCGAAAUUCUCAGAGAUAGAAUGGAAAAUGGUCCAGCAGUCAAUGGUCCUUCCUGGAAUGUUCUGGUUGGGAAAACUUGUUGGCUCAGUGGUUAAUAGCACUGGUUGCUCUUCCAUAGGACCCUGGUUCAAUUCCUAGCGCUCAGAUGGCAGCUCACAUCAGUCUGUGACUCCAGUUCCAGGGGAUCUGAUGCCUUCUGGAUUCUGCAGGCACUGUAUACACACACUGCACACACACAGACACACACACAGACACACACAGACACACACAGACACACAGACACACACACACACAUAUAUAUAGGCAAAACACCCAUACACAUAAAAUAUAAAUAAAUUAAUUAAAAAAAUUUCUGCCAAGGCCACACUGCAAGUGUGGGCAGGAUGAUGGUAUCUGUGACGGUGGCAAGCCAGGUACACUUGUGCGGGCAUUGGUGAUAGCUUGGGUGCUGACAGCUGGGCAGGAGCUGUUGUCUGAACCUAUCACACCUGGACCAGACCCAGGAAGGGGAAUAAAAGGGACAAGGGUGUGGCCCAGAGACAAGUUCUUUUCCUUGGGAUCAUCCUGUUCUUCCUCCUCUUUCUCCUUCCUCCCUUCUGUCCUCUCCCUCUUCCCCCCUCCCUCGCCCUCUCUCCUCCCUCUCUUUCUUUUUUCCUUCUUCUUUUUUUUCUUCCAGAGCUGAGGACCGAACCCAGGGCCUUGCGCUUGCAAAACAAGCGCUCUUCCACUGAGCUAAAUCCCCAACCCUUCCUCUCUUUCUUUUUAAGUUUAUUUUUAUUAUAUGAGUGUUGGCCUACUUGUGUAUAUGAAUGUGCAGUUUGUACAUGCCUGGUGCCUGAGGAGGCCAGAAGCAGACAUCAGAUAUCCUGGGACUGAAGUUACAGAUGGUUGUGGGUUACUAUGUGGAUGCUGGGAACCAAACCUGGGUCUUCUGGGAAAAAGCCAUUGCUCUUAACCCUUGAGCCAUCAUCUCUUGAACCCCUUUCUCUCCAUUUAUAUAUUUAUUUAUUUAUUUAUUUAUUUAUUUAUUUAUUUAUUUAUUUUUGUUUUGUUCUGAGAUAGAAUCUCACUGUGCAGUCCUGACUGUCCUGAAACUUGAUCUGUAAACCAGACUGGCCUUCAGUUAACAGAGACCCUUCCAAGUGCUGCUUCUGUGCCUGGACCCUUCUUGCCACUGCAUGUAGAAUGGCUGAGCGUGUCUAGAGCCCUCUUGUAGACAUCUCUGAAUUACUGGGGUCCUGGGCACAGCUAGGGGGUAGGUUAGCCUUGUCCCAUUGAGGGCAAGAGCAACCAGAACUUUCUGGGCCCAGCCAGGAGUUUUCCUAUGGCUGUCAUAUUAAUUAACCUUUUGGGGGUUGCCCUUUCCCUGGUCGUUGGUGUAUGGUUACAGACUGAUGCCAUCUUGCCUGCCUCUUGCUGGGGUUGUAAUUUCCUCCCCCUGCUGCAUCCCACACUUGCCUGUCUUCUUUGCUCCGUACAAUGUCCCAAGCGUCCCCCUGCUCCAGGGGUGCUCCCAUCCCUUUUGGCCCCACUUGGCGGCUCUGCACAGGGCCGUGGGAGCUGGAAUUUGGAAGAGUUCCUGGCAUAUGCUUACUGUUGUAUCCUGCCAGCCUGCCGGGGCGCCUCCUCUGACUCCCGGGCCAGGAAUUCCUCUUGAUUGCUCACCACAAACCCUGGGGCAAGAGGUUGCUGCGAGAAGGGCUAGGCAGAGGCUAGAAGUGGGGAUCGAAGGAGGGAAAAGAGAAGCUAUGUCCUGGAGAUACUUGGCAGGUGGGUUGGAGAGAGACAGUUUCUGACUUUGUCCUUCCCUCCUAGGUCGCCAUUAAAGGUCUUCCAUGGGCACAAA